AUGGCCGACCCAGGCCCUGCCACCCACGGCGGCGAGCCUGUCACGGCACCUAGCACUCCUACUGCUGGAAAGCGAGCGCCUCCUCCCUCACCCCUCAAGCCCCGCAACACUCUGGUCGCCACUGCCGCCCAGCAGAUCGAGCUUACUCGUGUCUUAGCGGAAAUGACCACCGACGCUGACGGCACGAUCGGCCGCUACAACCGCAAGCUCCGAAGCCCUUUCCGGCCCUCUCAUAUUCCCUCGCCCUCAGGCUUUCCUUCUCCCUCGACGCCGUCCAGGACCUCUCCCUCCUCUACCUCCAAGUCGGGACAGUCACCCAAGCCAUCGCCUCAGCAGUCACCCAAGUCAUCGCCUCAGCAGUCACCCUCUUCGUCGGCCCAAUCCACGCCCGCCAAAUCUCGUCUCACACCCAAGCCUAAUCGCCCGAAACUCAGGAUCAAGUCCAGGUCCAGCCUGACGCCGCCCCAGCGCCCCUCCGCACCUACUCCCGGCUCGGAGUUCAGCAUCUCGCCGCGUACGAGCACACUCGCCGGGGGACUACUCUCUCUCAGCCAGGUGCCUACUACCCCGACUUUUACUCCCUCAAACUCACCAACCAUAUCUCCCUUCCACGGCUACCACUCUGUUCCCCAUCCCGCGAGCCGCACAACGGCGGCGACAGACCUCCGCCUCGGAGAGGACGUGUUCGGCGCGGUCCUCCUCUCUGAGGGAUGGGGGGCAUCUCCAAUCCCCGCCGGCGUCAGCGGGCGUAGUCGUGCAUACUGUUUCAGUGGGGAGUGGCUCGCGCGGGGGGACUACAGUGACGAGACGUUCGGGUCCCCGAGCGGCGAGCAACAAGCGGACCUCGACCACCACUGGGCCGAGAAGGAGGACUACAUCGACAAGACAUGUACCAGCAUCCACAGCUCAGGCUCGCCUCUUGACCGCAUGUACCGCCGUAUACGGCAGGACGCUCCCAGCCCGCCAAGUAUUGUCUUGGACGCCAACACCAAUGCGAGCUUGGACAUUGACGACAUCAACGACCUCAUGUACCGCCGCACGCGCCAGGGCGCUCCCAGUCCCCCGAGCAUCCUUCACCCUGGCACAAUCAUCACGACCGUUACUUUCGACUCGCCGCUCACCUCGGAGGCCUCUGAUGAGAGCCAGCACUUCAACACCUUCGGGAGAGCUGUGGUCGGUGACUACGGCCUCUUGGCGGACCAGAUGAACAACCUGGGCAUCUCUACGGAAGACAUGUUAGUGCAAGAUCUCGGGGAGGGCAGCUCCACCCCCUUUCGGGGUCUGGAGUCGGGAACCGAAAGCCCUCCUGCCUCACCUGGGCACGGCCACGUCAACGACAGCGACUGGUCGCUGGACCCGAUCGCGGUGGAGGACGAGGUGGACAACAGCCUGAUCCUGCCAGACGGCAUCUUUGCGGUUGCCCUGGCCCACGACGACGGGCUUGACUGGGUGGCCGACCCAAGCACUGUUGAAGACGCGGACCAGUUGCUCGUGAGCGUCAACCCGAACGUCGUCGCGGGUAAUGCCAACGACGUCAGCGUCGACAGCGCCGCCUCAGACCCCUUCUUCACGUCCCGCUUCGGCUCGGUGUUCGCCCAGCACCGCACCCAGCAGCUGCCGGCUUCCCACUCACGCUGGCGCUAUGAUCCGCCUAGCUUUAGCGAAUACCUGUCGUGGUGGCGCGCGACGCCGACUGCAUCCUUCUACUUGUUUGAAACCGCGGCGCCAGACGUUGUGCUCUCGAGCUCUCUCAUCGCCUCCACAGUCCAGGCCCUGAGCGAGCAAGUGUCCACCACGACUUCUGACGUCGACGAGAGCACCGUACACCAAGCGCCUGUCCCGCUCGACCUGAACGAAGGUCGCAUCACCAUCACAGUGUUUGAGGGGGACGCUUCGACCUCGGUUGUGACGCUCAGCGAGACCAUUCCUCCUCAAAUCGACCCGUCCGUCGACUCGGCCAACCUGGCUUCCUCACACUCUCCCGUCAUCGCCGCUUCAGUCACCUACCUCGGCGAACAGGAGAACGCAACGCCCACAACCACUCGCAUCAGCGACGACCUUCUCCCCACCCCUCCCCCUUUUCGAAUGGGUGAGGACCCAAUCCGCGUCACACCUCCCAAGGAGACUCUGCCUAUUGGACACGGCCGUCCUGGCAGCAUCUCAACGGCGUGGCAGAACGAGUGCUCCUCCUUGGACUGGUCGCCGUCUGCACGCGGAUCAACCCACCAGAACAGCACCAAGCGCCUCCGCCGCGUGAAAGGUGACCCGCUGGUUACCGUGCACGAACGAGAGAAGCUGGAGAGCUUCAAGUUCGGCACGGAGACGCACAAGCGCACGGCGUCAUCGCCCCCGGUCAUCGGCACUGAGUUCGGACAGCCUUGGACGCAGCAGGGUGACCACAUGAACUAUCGGGGUUUUAUCGACCCCCUGUCACCCGCCCAACCCCUUUCACCUGUACGCAUGAGACACAGGAAGCGUAUCAGCACGCCGCCCCAGUUGCCGGACGUUGAGGAGACGUCAGAGGACGACGAGGCGAUGAGUCAUGGCUGGAGGAGCAAGUACACGCGCUACACGGCCGUGCGGCCUCUCAGUGACGAAGAAGAAGAAGAAUCGACCCAGGACUUUCAGGAUGUUCCCAGCGAAACCAUUGAAGCUGGUAACGCACGCUCCGACUUGGAGUCGAACGCGGACUCUGACUCGGAGAACUCGGAAACCGAUAAUGACAUGAUCCUCCACGACAACGACUCGAGCGAAGACUUACCUCUUCCACCCGCGCCUCGCCCGGCUCAUCGUGUUCUUCCCCCACCUGACAUCAGGUACUCUUACGGGGGCGGGAGCGGUAUCACCCCGGCCGCUGAGAUGGAGCAGCAUGUUGUCCUCUGGCGGUCGAAGCUUAGCCUCGAGGGCCUCACGAAGUCCAUUGAAACUGCUAUGGGCGAAUCUCCACCUGCAAUUGCCAGCGCACCGAGUAAAUCAAUUGACAACGAGUCCCAGGGACACAGAAUCCACAGCCCAGCCAUCCCGGAGGAGCCCUACAUCGCCCAGCCCACUGACGUCGAGGGGGAGAUGAGCUCCUCGCAGGAGCUAUCCCCCGCCCCGACCGACCAACCACUCCCUACGGUCUCAACUGUCUCUACGGUCUCUACGGUCCCUGUUCCAGUCGAGCGCCGCCGUCUCAGGUUCCGUGAGCGGCUUCGCGCUUGGGCCGAGCGUCUGAGGGUUCAGGGUCCAGGCCGCGAGCCCUCAUCUUCGCGCAAUCCCGACAACAACGGCGCGCACGGGUCGCUGCCGUCGCCGACUACCAUCAACUACUCCCGUUUUCCGAACCCCAACCACCACAACUGGAACAGAAUCAACGCCACCACCGGGAACCGCCAGAACGUGGGCUCUAUGGACACCACUACCGUGCCGAUACAGCGCCGCUCUCUCCGCAAGAAGAUGCUAAGCACCUGUUCGGCGACGGUUAAGCGCUUCUGGCGCUAG